GGACACGCGGACGAAAUUAUUGAAGCCCCCGACGUGGACGGAACCACCCCGCUCAUGACAGCCGUCCUCGCCGGCCAUCUUGAAAUCACCCGGUUUCUCCUUCAGAAUGGAGCCUCAGUGCUGGUGCGAGACCUUCGAGGGCGAGAUGCCCUCGCCCACACUAAGACCGGCCCCUUCGGGGAUAAGCUUCAGAUGUACAAGCGAUUAGGGCUGCCGUCUAUUACUGAUAGCCAACACGCCGAGAGACGAGUGAUAGCCAAGAUCUUGCAUCAUUCUAUGGCGUUAGAGUCCUGGUUAGUUGAACAUUGGCGUUUUAACUCGCCCGUCUCCCCAGCCCAACCAGGCGGAAGUGUCUUGCUAUGA